CCUCGCCUUAUUGUGGUCUAAGAAGGUGGCGAAUUUGUUUGCUGGAUUAUGGAAGCACUCCUGACAUGCGGUGGCGGGAGUGCCCAGCCUUAUCCCAGCUCUCGUCUGAAUCCCAGCCCUCGCCAUUUCUGCUCUUCACUUAGAUGCUCGCUCCUGGAUUCUCACUCCAUAAGUCUCUUCAAGUGCGGAAAGAGGCGUCUUUUAUGUCACACGAUUUCAUAUCCAGAGCUCCGGCCGCGGACUCCAGCUUCUGGCGGACCUGGAUUUCGUGGCACUGGCGAUGAUAACCUCGGAAAACCUCAUGCAGUUCACGAGACUGAAGAUGAGAACUUUAAUAAGCCCAAAGGUGUUGCUGCGAUGCUAGAGAGCGCGAUUCCACAAGGCGAUUCCGCUAUAAUUUCCGCCUGCUCCAUUGGUCUUCUAACCGGCAUCUGCGUUGUACUCUUCAACACUGCAGUGCAUGAAAUACGUGACUUCUGUUGGGGUGACAUUCCAUAUUGGGGUGCCUCAUGGUUACGAGAGGAGCCCAGAGAGUUAAUUUGGAGACGUGUAAUCUUAGUUCCAGUUUGUGGGGGUAUGGCAGUCAGCUUACUGAAUUUUCUGCUCACCAGAUUAGCGGUAUCCAGUGAAGGCGAUUCAGGAUCACCCAUUCAGUAUGUGACACAAUCACUUUUAAAGACAAUGGCUGCUUGUGCCACACUGGGAACGGGCAAUUCAUUAGGACCUGAAGGUCCAAGUGUUGAAAUUGGUAAUUUCAUUGCAAAGGGAUAUGGUGCUUUCAUUGAUAAGGGUGCUCAAAGAAAGCUGUCAUUCAAAGCUGCUGGAUCAGCUGCUGGAAUAUCUUCUGGUUUCAAUGCUGCUGUGGCGGGUUGUUUUUUUGCUAUAGAAUCAGUAUUGUGGCCAUCACCUGCAGAUUCAUCAUUAUCAUUGACGAAUACAACCUCAAUGGUCAUUCUUAGUGCUGUAUUAGCUUCUGUAGUGUCAGAAAUAGGCUUGGGCUCUGAACCUGCCUUUUCAAUCCCAGGUUAUGAUUUUCGUUCUCUAACAGAGUUACCACUUUAUCUUUUGCUUGGUAUUCUUUGUGGGUUGGUUUCGGUGGCAUUAUCUAGGUGCACAUCUAUUAUGCUGCUCGCAGUCAGCAACAUCCAACAGACCAUUGGCACACUAAAAUUAGUUUUCCCUGUAUUGGGUGGGCUCUCUGUUGGUCUUAUAGCAUUGGCAUAUCCAGAAAUUCUUUACUGGGGUUUUCAGAAUGUUGACAUUUUGUUAGAAUCUCGUCCAUUGGUUAAAGGUCUUUCCAUCGAUUUGUUGUUACAGCUGGUAGUUGUCAAAAUAGUAGCAACUUCAAUAUGUCGGGCCACUGGAUUGGUUGGAGGCUACUAUGCACCUUCUCUAUUUAUUGGUGCUGCUACAGGCAUGGCAUAUGGUAAAACUGUUGGCUUCAUCAUCACUCAAGCUAAUUCAAUAUCACAUAUCUCCUUCUUGGAUGUUGCUUCACCACAAGCAUAUGGCUUGGUUGGCAUGGCUGCCACUCUUGCCGGUGUAUGCCAGGUGCCUCUGACUGCAGUUCUGCUACUCUUUGAACUGACACAGGAUUAUCGGAUAGUUCUUCCCCUUUUAGGGGCUGUAGGGAUGUCAUCUUGGAUUACAUCCAGCCAGAUUAUGAGAAAGACCAUGGAAGAUGCCAAGAAAAUGGAAGAUGAUGGAAAACCAUAUAGAGGCCAACCACUGGAGACAUCUACAGUCCAGGCGAAUAUUCCUGCCUUUUCUGGCCCUGAUUCUCUAGAGCAGUUGCAGGUGAGCGACCUCUGUAAACUUGAGAGUUCUCUCUGCUUAAAUGAUUUUGAUGAUGACACAGGUGAUUGGGUAAAGAAGAUCAUUGUUUCACAAGCAAUGAGAACUGAUCACAUCACUGUUUUGAUGAGCUCUUUGCUUACGGAGGUUCUGUCUCUCAUGUUAGAUAAGAAGCAAUCAUGUGCUCUAAUAGUUGAUGAAAAUAAUUCCCUUAUUGGUCAGCUGGAUCUUGAUGAUAUCCAGCUAUAUGGCAGUGAGAAAAUAUCAAAAAUUCAGGGAAAGGAGGAUCUUGUAGUCUCUCAACUUUGUUCUUCUACUGACAUUGACUGCCGCGUAUUGUGGACGGUGACACCAAAUACAAGUCUUUUGUCUGCACAAACUCUUAUGGACAAACACAGUUUAAAUCAGCUACCCGUCGUUUUUGGGCAUGGUGAUCACCCUGUUGGCAUUUUAGACCGAGAAUGCAUCAAUAUUGUUUGCAGAGCAUUAGAAAUCAGAGAAUGCUUUUGCUCGUUGACCACACCUGAAAUGCCGAAGCAGUGAGAGCUUCAGAAGUCAUGGAUUAUUCUCUGGUGGAAACAUAUGUGGAACUCAGUUGAUCCCACUGACGGUUGUCUUAAUGCUUGAGUGCUUCUCAAUCCUGGUUACUGCUGGUUUCUGACCACGUCAAUAAAGUUAACUUCACUAAAGUUAGCUUGCAUCAUUGUGAUCACAAAUGCUUAGUAGUAUGAUUUACAUGCUACCUUUCAUCAGUCCGAAUGCAUUAUUAGUAUAUAUAGGCUCGGGCCAUGUAAAUAUUGUAACCAGUUUGUAUAUAGGCAGGCAGCUUGUGUACAAGAUGUCCAGCUUGUUGUUUUUUGUAUUCAUGUGACUAUGUGAGUGGAGGGUAGAUAAGUAGAUUGAGCUUUAGAAGGGUUGGGCAUGUUUACUGUUUGGGGACAAAACUGGAGAAAUAUUAUUAUGCAAAUUCUUUACAUAACAAGUUGG